AUGCUGGGGCUCCAGUCGUGGCCUUGCUCGCUUUUCCUCCUCUUAGCUCUGCUCUCUGCCAGCGUUCAGACUGUGUCCUUACCAGGACAGAGACUACAGACGCUCCUUUCCCAGUUGCUGCCCCUGGAGCCCGAGUCCACGCUGGGCAAACCGGACACGAAGGAGGGGCCCCUCCUCGCCAGUCGCAAGUGGGCACUGCCGGGAGACUGGGCCUGGAAGGCCGUGCCCAGGGGCUGUUUUGGGCUAAAACUGGACCGGAUUGGGACCUUCAGCGGGUUGGGCUGUUAG